GAUAGAUCAAUAACAACACCUACCACACAUUCUCUCAUCUACCUUAAUUCCGUUUCCAUGACCAUGCAUCAUACAAAGCCCCUACAAAGCUUCUACAUCAUUUUCUUCUUUACCUACAUAGCUCUUCCUUCCCUCUCCUCCUCCAUUGAAAGCUUGAGAGGUGGAUCAUCGCUCUCCGUCGAGAGACCUGAUAAUAUUCUCGUUUCACCAGAUGGCACCUUCUCUGCCGGAUUCUACAGGAUCGGUGACAACGCUUAUUACUUUGCAAUAUGGUUCAACCAAUCAACCAUUUUCACCCCCGUUUGGAUGGCGAAUCGUGACUACCCAGUUAAUGGAAGACGCUCCAUUCUUUACCUGCAGCGAGAUGGAAAUCUCAUCUUAAGAGACGGUAGGCGGUCCACCAUUUGGACUACAAACACUACCUCGAAUUCCUCAGUGCAAUUACGCCUCGAGAACACAGGAAAUCUCAUUCUCCAAAAGUCUCAAGAAAAUGUUACGCUCUGGCAAAGCUUUGAUUUCCCAACGGAUACUGUCCUUCCACAACAACUACUCACCAAGAGCUCGAAGCUUAUUUCUUCUAGAAGCCGAACUAAUUACUCUUCUGGUUUUUACUCUCUCUACUUCGAUAAUGACAACAUUCUACGCCUACUGUACAACGGUCCCACUAUAUCGAGCGUUUAUUGGCCGGACCCUGGCCGCGUUAGCUGGGAAGUUGGACGAACGACCUACAACGAUAGUAGAAUUGCUAUAUUCGAUCCUCUCGGCCAAUUCCAUUCUUCUGAUGACUUGAAAUUCAUAAGUUCGGAUUUUGGGUUAGGACCCAAAAGAAGGCUAACCAUGGAUUUCGAUGGGAAUGUUCGGCUCUACAGCUUAAAUGAGAAGAACGGGACUUGGGCUGUUUCAUGGCAAGCCAUCACAAGAUUAUGCACCAUCCACGGCCUAUGUGGGCCCAACGGAGUCUGUAUCCAUUCUCCUGAAAGGAGAUGCACAUGUCUGCCUGGGUUCAAGGUGAAAGACCCCACCGACUGGUCGCAGGGUUGUGAGCCGACAUUUAAUCUCUCCUGCAACACUAACGCUUCAUCAUUUUACAGUAUUGCUAAUUUAGAUUACUAUGGCUAUGAUUUCAACUACACUGAGAAAUUAAGUCUGGAAGAUUGCAAGAACAUAUGCUUGCAGUUGUGUUCUUGUAAAGCUUUCAUGUACCACAUAGACGGGCGAGGUCGGUGUUUCCCGAAAACAUUAUUGCUCAAUGGCUACCGGGAAUUAUCGUUCUCGGGGACCAUGUAUAUCAAAGUGUCGAGUAACAGGACCUUCUCCAAAGAAAACUUCACAGAUGGAAUCAAAUUGAAGUGUUCACCGAAGGCUCCCAUCGAAUUGCCCAGGACGUAUGAAACAAAGAAAGAGAACGUCUCCAUUAAAGACAUUUUGCUUUUUGUUUCUGCACUUGGUGGAGUCGAGCUAGUCUUUAUACUCAUCGGAUGUUGGUACAUGUUCAUAAAUAACCAUGACUCGAAUGCCAUUGAACAAGGGUACCUCUUUGCUGCGACUGGAUUCAAGAAAUUCAGUUAUGCUGAGCUAAAGAAGGCCACUGGGAAUUUCAGUGAAGAAAUUGGAAGAGGGGGAGCGGGAGUCGUAUACAAAGGAGUGUUGUCAGAUCAACGGGUUGUGGCCAUCAAGCGGCUGGAAGGAAUCAAUCAAGGGGAAGCGGAAUUUCUCGCUGAGGUGACUACUAUCGGGCGGAUCAAUCACAUGAACUUGAUACAGAUGCGGGGUUUUUGCGCAGAAGGGAAACAUAGGCUUUUGGUGUAUGAAUACGUGGAGCAUGGAUCCUUAGCUGAGAAUCUCUUCUCCAAUUCUCUUGAUUGGGCGAAGCGGUUCGAAAUUGCUAUAGGGACUGCAAAAGGCUUAGCUUAUCUGCAUGACGAGUGCCUUGAGUGGGUCCUACAUUGCGAUGUUAAGCCCCAGAACAUACUAUUGGACGGUGACUACAAGCCGAAGGUGGCCGAUUUUGGCUUGUGCAAGCUGUUGGAUCGACACGGGAAUGAUAGAUCGAGCUUCUCAACGGUCAGAGGAACAAGAGGCUACAUGGCUCCUGAAUGGAUCUUGAAUCUUCCGAUCACGUCGAAGGUGGAUGUAUACAGCUAUGGGAUUGUUAUGUUGGAGAUGGUGACUGGAAGGAGGCCGACCAGAUUCCAUGUCCUGGACGAAGGAGGUGAAGGAGGUGAAGGAGGUGGACAGUUAGUACCAUGGGUGAGGGAUGUGAUGAAUGGUGGGGCCAUUUCCAAUCAACGUAGUAUUGAAGAAAUCAUGGACCCGAGGAUUGAUAGUAGGUAUGAUUUGGCUAAGAUGGAACUUCUUGUUAGAGUGGCUUUGCAAUGUGUGGAGGAGGAAAGAGAUGCGAGGCCCACCAUGAGCCAAGUUGCAGAGAUGCUCCUUGGUCAUGAAAAUAACCAUGAGGGAUGUGAAGGGUCCUCGCACGAGUUUGGCUAGAACCUUGCUUGAGUAUGCAUGUGCCAAAGUGGUGCACGUUGCAAAAUAUUGGCCAUUCAUCAGGAGGGCUCCAGCUUUUAUGUGACUUGGACGAAACAUACUACAUUUCGUAUGGACUGUGGAGUGUUUAGUUAUAAUGGGUGUCACAAAAAUUCUUGAUGGAGGAGGGUAUGAAAACUAAUAGGUAACUACCCAAAAAUCUCCAAAUUCACAUAUUGGCACGUAUGAUUGUAGGAUGGGCCUGAUUUGGGAUUCUUACUUUGAAGGGAGAGAGACAGUUGUGUACUAAAUCAGAUACAUCACAUAACCUUCAAUCCACAUUCAACGAGAAAUGGGUGGUCAAAGAUUGGGUGGCUAAGAUCUUCCAAUUUGAGAGAUUUUGGGAGCAUGGCUCAUCUUCAAUGCGGUCUGUCAAA